CUAAAUAGGAAUUUUUGGCUGAAAUGUAUCAUGUUGGCAACGGUGUCUCCAAAUGUCAAUUCGUUGAAAAAAUCCAAAUAUUUUUUGAUUUCCUUUUCCCGCUGAUAAUCACCUUUGCUGAAAUGGAAGACGACAAUUCCAUGUCUCAGCGCAUUUUACGCACCCUAGAAACUAUUUUAAAUAACGACCCCCAACUAAAAGAAUUCGUAAUAAUCCCCUGCGAGUCCAACACAAAAAACAAAUCGCCCGUUUUAUACGAAGAACACAACAUCGGAUUAGAAUCAUGGUGUGUGAAACACAUCUACCGUCACGCUUAUUUAGAACUGUUUGAAGUUCGAAAAUCCCUCGCAAAACGCAAACUCUCCUUCGCCAAACAGAGCAAUUUGAAUCGUCUCCUCAUCGGAGUUUUGUUAAUCAACCCCGACGUUUCGACUUUUUGGAACAUGAAACGCGAAUUGGUGGAAAACGACGUAAUUGGAGUCACCAAUGAGUUGAUUUUUAGCAAAAUGGUCCUAUCGUACAAAAGUAAAUCAAACGAGGCGUUUGCAUACCGGAGGUGGCUUCUGGGGCGCAUUUUGGCCAAACUGCAAGUCAACGAUUUGGAAACCCCCCGAAAUUUUCUAGAAAACGAACUGGGGGUGUGCGAAAUGGCGGCACGAAGAAACGCCAAUAACUACCACGCGUGGACUCACCGAAUUUGGUGCAUCGAGACUUUGGGGACAAGAAUCGGGAAUUUCACCAAUGUGGUAUCUGACGAGCUUGCGUUUAGUGAAAAAUGGGUGUCUGGACAUGUGUCAGAACACACGGGAUUUCACUAUAGACAGUAUUUACUCAAUACCGUUAGGAAAAGUAGGAGGAUUACAAACGUAUACGAGUUUUAUUAUUGUGAAACUAUCAAAAUAUUAGGCUUAGUUAGUGAGAACGACCCCAGAGACAUUCUCACAUUUCUUCUGGGAAAAGACAAAUUCCAGGGGAAACCCCUGGAAGAGACCAUCAAUUUCGUUAAUUUCUUUUGUUUGCUACUGUAUGACAUGUACAACGUAGUUGAAAUGUUAAAUUCGGUCUACCCGAACCACGAAUCCAUAUGGUACCACCGACGAUUUUUGGUCUACAAUUUGGUGAAAACAGCCCAUGAGUACCAUGGGUUGGCUUUCAAAACCGACGCAAAACUCGACGAAGUCAUUCUCUAUGGUACAAAUAUCGUCAAUGUGGAUAGUUCAGCCUUCAGCGAUGGUGAAAAACAACCAAAAUUGUUUAAAAGCCAACUCAACAAAGUCCAAUCGUCGCGACUCUACCAAACUUUGCUUAAAAACGAAGCAGAAUUUAUUAAAAAAAAUCUCGUACAAUCGUCACUAUUCCACGAGCUUGAAUUGGCACGAAGAUACGAAAAGUGGUUGAAAUUUGUUGUUUGUAUGGAAGAUGUGUGAUCAAUGUAAAAACGAAUAGUACCUAAAAGUUUAUUUGUUAUAAGAUGCACAAAUUUCGUACAGGUUUCCCACUUAGAGUCUGAUUGGGGCACCUCUACACGUCAUAUCCAGUGCCAAAAUAUCUACAAAUGGGCCAGGUAGACAAGAGUUACAUAAACAAUUUUCUCUACUGCUUCCGUUAACAAUAAAACAGGAAAUAAGUGAGACUGGCCUUACCAUUUUCAAUAGAACUGAAGAACCGUAAAGAAAGUUAUGUAAUAAAAUAUUAAAAACAAAUAUAUUACCGGCAUCUGACUCAAAAA